AUGGAAUAUUGCCAUCAAGAGAAAGCAGUUUUAGAUGCCCCGGCGCCUACAAAUAAAUCAAAACUAAAAUCGUAUUUGGGUAUGGUUAAUUAUUAUAAUCAUUCAAUAACUAAUUUAUUGGCGGAAGUAUCGUCAUUACAUGAGCUAACUAAAAACAAUGUAACGUGGAUAUGGAAUGAAAAACAUCAAAAUAUAUUCGAAAAAUCAAAACAACUUAUUGCGAAUAUUGGCGUUUUAACACAUUAUGAUCCACAAAAACCAAUAAUUAUUUCGUGCGAUGCAAGUCCUUAUGGCUUGGGAGGCGUUCUGUCACAAAUUAUUGACGGUGAAGAACGUCCAGUUCAAUUCGCAUCUAGUACGUUGUCUCCGGCUGAAAAGAAUUACUCUCAACUUCAUCGCGAGGCUUUAACGAUAGUUUUUGCAGUGAAGAAAUUUUAUAAUUAUAUUUUUGGGUUACCCUUUACCAUUGAAAGUGACCAUCAGCCAUUGCGGGAAAUUUUUUCAAUUAAAAAAGAUCUACCAUCGUACAAGAAGGGAUCGCAAAUGGGAUAUGAGGACGCGCUGUCUCGUUUACCUCUGCAAGAAGAUACAAAUGAAGAUGACGAUAGUAUUAAUAUUUUUAACCUUAUAGGCGACCUUCCAAUUAAGAUUGACGACAUCAAAAAUGAAAUGUCGAAAGAUGUGGCACUAUUAAAAACGUACAAAUAUGUUAAGAAUGGGUGGCCAGAAAAAAUUGAUAAUAACUUAAAAAAAUACUUUAAAAUUCGAAUAUCGUUAGCAACUGAAGAUAAGUGUGUUUUUUAUGGUGAAAGGAUUGUAAUUCCAGAGUCAUUGAGACCGAAAACAUUAGAACUGUUACAUAGUGGUCAUAUCGGAAUCGUCCGCAUGAAAGCUGUUGCUAGGACAUAUGUUUGGUGGCAGGGUAUAGAUGCUGCAGUUGAGGAGUUCGUCGGGUCAUGUGAAGCAUGUUGUAUGAAUCAAAAACCGUCAAAACAAAUUUUUACCAACUGGGAAGUAACAAGUGCUCCGUUUGAGCGUAUUCACGCUGAUUUUUGUAAAUUUCAAAAUUUGAAUAUCUUAGUAAUUGUUGACACUUAUUCGAAAUGGGUUGAAGCUAAAAUUUUGCGCAAAACUGACGCUAUUACAGUCAUAGAAGCGUUAAGAUCUACUUUUGCAAUUUUCGGGCUUCCGAAGAAAAUUGUGACGGACAAUGGUCCACCAUUUAGUUCAAAGGCGUUUAUAGAAUUUUUCAUUAAUAAUAAUAUCGAAUGUUUAAAAUCGCCACCAUAUCAUCCGCAAUCGAAUGGCACUGUGGAAAGUUGA